AUGAUGUCUCGAUUUUGGAGGAAAUCGGAGGUGCUGAUGAACGGCACCAUUGCCGUCUCUUUGUACCGUUCGACUCGUAGUCGAUUAGUUGUUGCAAUCGGUGAUGUGCCUGGCCCUCUGGUGAAAGGGUGUAUUUCAUUUGUGACCGAGACGGAUUGUGAUGAUGGCCUACCUCACACGUUGGAGCAUUUGGUAUUUAUGGGCAGCAAGAAAUAUCCAUACAAAGGUGUAUUGGACGUCAUUGCAAACCGUUGCCUGGCCAGCGGUACAAACGCAUGGACCGAUCAGGAUCACACAGCGUACACACUGAGCACAGUUGGUAGUGAAGGGUUCUUCAAAGUGUUACCGGUCUACCUCAAUCAUCUUCUUUCUCCUAUGUUGUCGCCAUCUCAAUUCGCUACUGAAGUCCAUCACAUUAAUGGUAAAGGUGAAGAUGCUGGUGUGGUCUACAGUGAAAUGCAAGAUCAUGAAUCGGAAAUGUCAUGCAUAAUGGAUAGGCGGGUCCGCGAUUUCCACAAGAAAUAUUAUCACUUAUCGAAUAUGAUGGUCACAGUGGCAGGGCGAGUUAAUCAUGAAAGGUUGCUGAAGAUUAUUGAGACUACCGAGGAGGUACAAGCAUUAUUCUCCUGCUGCGACAUUUCUAUCUAUCCACACUUGUUUUUUAAGGAGCACUUGGCGGACAUACCGGCAUCAUUCCAACGGCCAUUUAUUUCCCAUCAGUUGAAACCGAUGGCAGAAUCAAGCGAACAUAGCGUUGUAUGCCCAAGUGAUGAUGAAUCGAGAGGAAGUGUUGAGAUCAGUUGGUUCGGUCACCCUCCAACGGAUUUCAAGCAAAAAGUUGCUUUCGAUGUAUUAUUCGAUUAUAUGUCAAAUACUCCCGUAUCUCCAUUACAACGAGAAUUCGUACUGAUUGAAAAGCCUUUGGCGAGUCAAGUUAGCUUCCACGUCACCGAACAGACUACAUGCCUUAUUCAACUGUCAUUUUCUGGUGUACCAACAGAACGGUUAGAAGAAGUCAGCAAAAAGUUUAUGGAAAAGGUAGUCAAAGAGCAUCUGGAAGAUAGCGCGUGGGAUAUGGAGCGAAUGGGUUUCCUUAUCGGACAAUCGGUUAAGAAUGAGUUGAAGAAGAUGGAAAAACAUCCGGCAACACAGUUGUUCGGUCAUAUGAUUGGACACCAAUUAUAUGACGAGAAUGAUGACCAGCUGAAAACUCGAAUGGAUGAGCUGGAGCUCAUACGUCGUCUACGGUCAGAGCCGGCGUCGUUUUGGUCUGGUAUUGUAAAGAAAUACUUCACUAGCCCUCAUGUGGUUGUAUUAGGGAUACCCAGUGAGAAGAUGGUCGAGCAGGUAGCCAAAGAGGAGAAAGCUCGACUGGAUGAGCAACGUAAAAAGCUUGGAAAGGAUGGAAUCAAGCAGUGUGGUGAGAAUAUCAAAACAGCCAUAAAAGAAAACACAGCGAAGAAGCCAAGCGCUGAAGUGCUGAGCGAGUUGAUCGUGAAAAAAUUGGAAGAAUUCGAUCGAUUCCCGGUUGAUUUGAAGUGCAAUCGAGGCGGUUCACCCUCAACACAGCCAAUCGCCAAGUUUUUGGAUCAGUUCCCUUUUCCGGCAACUAUCCACAACUGUCCAACAAAGUUCGUCGAGUUGUUCUUAUUGUUUGACACGAGCGUUUUGACACUUGAACAGCGUGCAUUAUUGGAUCUUUACACGGAACUGCUGUUUGAGUCACCAGCCAAGAUAGACGGUGUCGUGAAAAGUGCUGAAGAAGUAUCCAAGCUUUAUACAAGGGAUCUCGUUGAUCAUUCCAUAUAUAUUGGUGUAUCAGGCAACUUUGAAAAGUUACUACAUCUAAGACUUGUGGUCGAUGCAGAAACCGGUUUCCCAAAUCUAGCCAAAUGGGCGGAGAUUUUCACCACUGGUAUCAUAUUUGAUGUGCAACGAGUGAAACAAUGUGCAAAGAAGCUAGCGAGUGAUGCACGUGAAAAGAAACGUGAUGGUUGUGCUGUAGCUAAUUCGGCUCUCUGCACGAUGAUCUAUUUGCCUAUUCACGAGAAAAUCGCAAAGGAUUGUGAUUCGCACCCGCAAGAAGUAUUGAGCAGACUUGAAGAGGCUAAAGCCGGCGAAUCAUUAGACACUGCAUGUGUGGGAAGGCAAAAAGUGAUAAGUGUUGGUGGCUCGGAGUCCUCGUUCAUUUACCAAUCAUGUAUGAUGGAUUGUGAUUGGAUGAGUGAUGAACUUGUACCGACGAUGUUGUUAACACAGUACUUGAGCCAGUGUGAAGGACCAUUAUGGCGAGGUAUUCGAGGAGUUGGUUUGGCAUAUGGUGUGAAUCUUUACGUGAGAUCAGAUCGGAAGACCAUUACGUUGUCAUUGUAUCGAUGCGCCCAACCAGCACAAGCGUAUGAGGAAACGAAGAAAAUUGUGGUAUGA